ACAAAAUCGAAAAAAUACGUUACACGACAAACGAGUUGUUGACAUGAACGUGUAAAGUCGUUAAAAGAAAGAGCGCGCGCGUUAGUGUUUCAUUAAAAAUGUAGAAAUUAUAACAAAAAAAUAAGAGUAACUAAAACAAACAAUUAAAAUUUAGGAAAUUAACGAAAUAUGUAAUUAUAAACAAAAUUAUAUUAACAAUAAUUCAACGAUAUAUAAAUAAUUAUUUUAGAAAUUAAACAAACAACGAAAUCUAAAAGAAUUUACAACAACCAACGACUUAAUACAGUGCUAAAACAAAGUGCAAAAACUACAACAACAACAAAAAUAAGAAAAACAAGUUUAGAGUUUGAGUAAUGAAACAAAUAAAAAAAAGCAACAUAAUUAAUGUUGAUGAAAAAAAUCAUGAUAGUUUAAUAAAUAAUUAUUGGAAGAAAUCAAUUGCGUAAAUUUAUUAACAAUAUACCUACCUAGGUAGGUAAAAAUGUUAACGAAAUCGUUAAAGUGCGUGUUUUAAGUUUUUUUUUCUUCCCAAACAUUCCUCAAAAUAAUUCUGUGAACAAAAAGUGAAUCAUUAGAAACAAAAAUACACAAAGCAUUAACAACUCCAACAACAACACAAAGCCAGCCUAAGUUUAAAUAAAUUAAAUACAAUAAAUUUAUACAAUAGCAAACCAUAAAAAUUUAUUAUCUUUAUUAGAGGAUCACUAAAUUUUGGUACAAUUUUGUUAAUAAAAUUCGUUUUGUAUUGUGGUCUCUUUCUAACAAGUGUGCUGUUAAUAAAUAAAGUGAACAAAAAUUCCCUAUUGAUCAAGUGUCCUUUAAUUUUAAAGAAAAAACUCUCUUUUCGCUCUCAGUCAUGUACACAAACUCACACAAACAUGUACACGCAAACUCCCUUUACUAGUUUAUUACUAAUUCGUAAUAACAACCCUGUGCUGUAUUAAAGAACAACAACAAAAACAAACAACUGCAAACAGCAAUAAGAACCACUAAAAAAAUUCUUAACAACAAUGCAGCUGCUUUUUUACGUUGAUUAUUUUUCUAACGAUGACAACAACAACAGCUCAACAGCAACUUUAUUACUAACCUAGUAUACGCCAUACGUUUGAUGUGAAUGCAAUUUCAAAGAAAAAUUGAUAAUAGUUUUCAAUAAAAAAAAGAUAAAGCAAAAGAAUCAAGUGAAAAGAAAUAAUAAUACAAAUUAAAUAAAUAAUAAUAAUAAUAAGAUUUUGUUACUACAACAACAAUAAACUCAAUUCCAUCAUACACUUAAGUGUGAUUUUUCUUCAGUCGCCUUGCUUUUAAUUUGUGUUGUUGUAUUUGUGAAUUUUAUUUUAUUAUUGUUUUGAAAAAGAAAGUAAGAAAAACGUGAGUUUUGCCAACAUGAAAGUCACCGUUUGUUUUGGUGACACACGCAUUUUAGUGCCUUGUGGCGAUGGAAAUCUCUUGGUGAAGGAUUUAAUUAAUGAAGCAACAAGACGUUAUAAAAAAGCAGCAGGAAAGGAUCCAGAUUCUUGGGUUUCAGUACAUCAUUUACAAACACAAUGCGGCAUUUUAGAUCCAGACGAUUGUGUACGUGAUGUAGCCGAUGACCGUGAAUAUAUACAUGCUAGUUUUGAGGAUUCUGGACCAGAUCCAGGCGUGCCACAGGGAGGUGGUGAUGGUGCUUCGGGUAGUUCAUCUGUCGGCACCGGUUCACCAGAUAUAUUUCGUGAUCCCACAAAUACAGAUGCGCCCACAAAUGGUGCCCACAACGAUAAUUCGACACCUCAUAUUGAGGUCACCAGUACGACGGCUUGUCCUAUGACGGGCUUAGGUCUACAAGUGCGACGUAGUAGUGAUCCUAAUCUAUUGGCUUCUUUGAAAGCGUCUGAAAAUGGCAAUAAACGUUGGUCGGCAGCAGCGCCCCACUGUGCUGGCGAUUCGCCCGAACGAGUGCACAUAGAAAAGGCGGGUUAUUUACCACCUCAGUGGGAGGAAGAAGAUGAUGGCCACCAUCAGGCGCCGCCAGUACCACCACAUCAACCUUUUGCUAGAUCCGGCCGACUGUCUAUGCAGUUUUUGGGAGACGGCACCGGUUACAAAUGGAUGGAUGCUGCGGAGAAAUUGCAACAGCAGCAACAGAUGCAACAACAUGCCCAGCAGCAACAAGAGCCAUCAAGGGAUUAUCAACAGCAAUUUUUCUCCAGCAAGUCUUUGCCGCGAGAAAGCACACGCAAAGAACCACUGGGACAAGCCUACGAGUCCAUACGGGAAAAAGAUGGAGAAAUGCUUUUACUCAUCAAUGAGUAUGGCAGUCCUUUAGGUCUAACAGCCAUUCCCGACAAUGAACACGGUGGUGGUCUGUUGGUACAACAUGUGGAACCUGGCAGUCGCGCUGAGCGUGGACGUUUACGUAAAGGUGAUCGUAUAUUGGAAAUUAAUGGUACAAAACUGAUGGGCCUAACGGAGCUUAAAGUACAGGAAUACUUGCGCAAAGCUUUAGAAUCUUCCGAACUGAGAGUGCGAGUAAUAAGAGCUAAUACUAAGGGCUCGAAAAAUCGUCGUAGAGAUUCCAAGGUGGCUGAAAUGAUUGAAGCUGAAGAGAAAAUGGCCUGUAGUUUGGAGAGUAAAGUGGCCACAGUUUCUCCUACCAAAAAACCAAAUACAGCACCAGUGGGAGCUUCUUUGCAAGUGGCCAAUACCCGUAAAUUGGGUCGCAAAAUUGAGAUUAUAUUGAAAAAAGGUCCCAACGGUCUGGGAUUUUCGGUAACAACGCGUGACAAUCCUGCUGGUGGUCAUUGUCCCAUUUACAUAAAAAAUAUAUUACCCAGAGGAGCCGCCAUAGAAGAUGGUCGUUUAAAACCCGGCGAUCGUUUGUUGGAAGUUGAUGGUGUGGCCAUGACGGGUAAAACCCAAACAGAUGUGGUCUCAGUAUUAAGAGCCACCUUACCAGGAGCCACAGUAAAAUUGGUGGUCUCAAGACAGCAGGAAUUGGCAGAACCUGAAGAAAGGGAAAUUAAUUUCGAGAACAAGGAAAAUGAAUUUGAUUCACCACCCAAACCUCCAGCUCCUGUGCUACCAGCCUCUAUGCCAACCUAUCAAAAGGAUGUUAAAAAAUCAAAUAGUGCCCGUUCGCUAUUCGAACAGCAUCAGCAGCAACAAAAUCACAAUCUUAACGAAUCUCAACAUUUUAUAGAUGCUGGCAGUGAAUCGGCGGCAUCAAGUGACAGCCUACAAGCUGGCAUUGCCUGGCGUUCCCGAGAAAUGCUGACCCUACACAUACCCGUACAUGACACCGAGAAAGCUGGUCUUGGUGUUAGCGUUAAAGGCAAGACAAGUUCCAACAUUACAGGCUCCUCAAAUGGCAGUUCGAAUGGCUCCAUGAAAAACGAUGGAGAUUUGGGUAUUUUUGUUAAGAAUGUCAUUCAUGGUGGUGCAGCCUCACGUGACGGGCGCUUGCGCAUGAAUGAUCAAUUGGUUAGUGUAAAUGGUGUCUCCUUACUCGGUCAGAGUAAUGCUGAAGCUAUGGACACAUUAAAACGUGCCAUUGUCAAUCAACCGGGUAAACAUCCUGGUAUGAUUACUCUGCAAGUUGCUCGUAAAAUCACCAGAUCAGCGAGUUCGGGUGACAUUUUGGAGCACACCAAUGAGAGCUCAAAUACCAGUGACAAUAGUGGAGCCACAGUGAUUUAUUUAAGUCCAGAAAAACGUUCGGCGGAUAAACGCAAUAGUAGCAGUUCAAAUAGUGAAAUGAAUCGUUGGAGCAACCCCGUUUUGGAUAGACUAACCGGUGGUGCUUGCUCUGGCAAUUCAGGACAAAAAGGUCGCUCAACUGCAGCUGCCACAAACUCCGCAGCAGGUGUUAAGAAUAGUGCUACUCAUGCUCUUCGCAAUGAGAGUUAUUAUAUGGCCACUAAUGAAACCUGGUCACCAGCUUUACAUCACCAACCACAGCACGUCAACAAUUCGGUAUUAAUUGAACACGAUCCCGAGCCAACAUCACCAACUCUUCCUCAUCGUCCCAAUGAAUCUGUAGCUUCAAGCGUAAUCAAUACAACUACAUCUAGUAAUCCUACUCCCGGGACUGCCCCUCAAAAUUUCGAUGCCACUUAUUCGUCACAGCUUAGUCUUGAAACGAAUAAUUCUGGUGUAGAACAUUUUAGUCGUGAUGCUUUGGGUAGACGUUCUAUAUCGGAGAAACAUCAUGCCGCCUUAGAUGCCCGCGAAACAGGCACCUACCAGCGUAAUAAGAAACUGCGCGAAGAGCGAGAACGUGAGAGACGUAUAGCACACACCAAGUCAGCAGUGUUUAGUGGUUCUAUGGAAUCAUUAUCGGCUCGUAUAGCUGAAGCUAAUGCUAGAAUACCCGGUUAUAAACAUGCCAAGACCAACUCGGGCAUUGAACAACAGCAAAUACAGGCAGAAGCUAGAGAUCAGGUAGGCGACUUGGGACCUUCAUUGGGUUUGAAGAAAUCAUCUUCCUUGGAGUCUUUACAAACCAUGGUACAAGAAAUUCAAAUGUCUGAGGAACCACGUGGCGGUCCUACCACAUUGAGAGCACCACGCGGUAGAGGACGCGAAGAGAGUUUGAGAGCGGCUGUUGCUAGUGAUCACGAUGUGAAAAAAGCUCACCAAACUUGGCUUUUAGAGGAUGGGGAUGCUGCUGAUGGUGGCUUUACCCAACGCAAUGGUCCCUUCCAAAGUUCCCUUAACGAUGGUAAACACAAAUCUAGAUCAAAAAAGCCCGGCAUUUUACGAGGCAUUGGCUACAUGUUUCGUUUUGGUAAAAAUCGCAAAGAUGGUGUAGCACCAGCUGAUACACAGCCACCCGUUACAAAUAAUGCUGCAAAUGAAAGAACACCUGCCAAUAAUGAAAUACCAGUAGCUGCAUUGGCGGCACUAGAUCGUAAUGUUAAAUUAGCCCCUCCAGCUUAUCAACCUCCACCUCCGCUACCGCCCGCUAAUGCAAAUGGCACGGGCGGAGGAGGUCUUGUAGUACAUGGUGAUAGUAGUACAAAUGGGGGCAUACAUCAUAAUGAUAUAUUCAAUCAUCGUUAUCAACACUAUUCCAACUAUGAGGAGCUUCAACAACACAAUCAUCUUCAACAAAUAAGUCGUCGUCAUCAACAUUAUCAUUCCCAACGUAGUGCGCGCUCACAGGAUAUCAACCUGCAACAAUAUCAAACGAACAGCAAUCACAGCAGCAAUAACACAAGUCUACGUUCAAAUUAUUACGAUUACGAAACAGCACAACAUAAUUUAAGUCAAGGAUCAAUGCUUAACAAUAGUUUUCAGCAACGCACGGGCAGUAUUAAACACAACGGUCAUACGGGCAUAACCAUAAAUGCCAGUCAACAUCAGCAUCCUGCACAUCAUCAGCAACAACAGGCUUCGGUCGCCUCAGCGGUAGCCACACAAAGUCAGGCUCAUUGGAGAACGGCUGCCAUGAAUGGUUUUUCGCCAGCCACCUUGAAUAGCAGUGCUCGCAGUCGUGGGCCGUUCGUAACACAAGUGACGUUGGGUGGUCCUACGAAUGCGAAUAGUAUUGCUGCCGGGCAGCAACAAACGAAACAAUCGCAGCCUACCUACCAAACGGUACAAAAGCAUCAAGCUCAAUCCCAAUAUUCGGGGGCUGUAGCUGGGCCGCAACAUACCGCUUCAAAAGUGUGACUAUAGGCCAACGUUCUUCGUCAAUGUCUAGGCGAAGACGUUGUUGUUCGUGGCUUAAGCAGUAAUAGAAAAACUACUACUACUACUAAUUCAGCUACUACUAAUUCUAAUACAACAAAUUGCUUCAAUAAAGGUGGUCAAAACGGUGGCCUUGUCAUUAAUCCCAAACAUAAAGCCGAAGCUAGUAUACAGGAGCAGGAUAAUGAGACGGAGGAUGAGGAUAUUGUAGAGAUUUUUUAUUUUGCCACCGAAUGCUAAAAACAACAUUAUCCGCAAAAACUCCAUAAACUUUUAUUAAUAAUAAGUCUUAAAAUUGAAUUUGAAAAUGGUGAGUUUUCUUAAAACAUAUUAAAUAUUGUCUUUAUAACUUUAGUAGGUUAUAAAAAAUUUGUGUAUACCUUUACAUACCUUGUUAAAAAUAUAUAUAUUUUUUUUGUUUUAAAUAUUACUACAAACUACUAUAACUAUACUCUAUAAAUUAACAACAACAAAAAAUUGUGUCUUUAAAAAGCAAGUGCAAAUUUUUGAAUAUUAUUUUCAAAAGUAAAACGCAAUUACAAUGUUAAGCUUCUUUCUACAUU